UCCAGAAGAAAAUAAACUCAAAAUUGAACCUUGAGAAAUGGGAAGUGGUGAAGAUGUUGUUGAUCGUGUAAAUUCUGAAUGUCUGGAAGAAACCGGAUUCACCGUGACAGUUAUCAUGACCGUCGUGAAUUACCACCGGAGAGACCUUUUCUCCGAGGCCCUCCAUUGUUACAACCUCCACCACCAUCUUUGUUGGAAGAUCUUCAGAUACAAGAUGCUGAAAUUAGAAGGCUUUUGAAUGAUAAUCAUAGACUAGCUGACGACCGAAUGAUUCUUGAGCGAGAACUCGUUGCUGCUAAAGAAGAGCUUCACCGUAUGAAUCUGAUGAUUUCUGAUCUUCGUGCUGAGCAAGAUCUGCGGUCUAGGGAGUUUAGUGAGAAAAGGCAUAAACUUGAGGGGGAUGUUCGCGCUAUGGAGUCGUAUAAGAAGGAGGCGUCGCAGUUGCGUGGUGAAGUUCAGAAGCUGAAUGAGAUUAAACGUGAAUUAAGUGGAAAUGUUCAGAUGCUUAGGAAAGAUCUGGCGAAAUUGCAAUCAGAUAACAAGCAGAUUCCGGGUAUGAGAGCUGAGGUUAAAGACCUGCAGAAGGAGCUUAUGCAUGCUAGAGAUGCAAUUGACUAUGAGAAGAAGGAAAAGUUUGAGCUUAUGGAGCAGCGGCAGACAAUGGAAAAGAACAUGGUUUCUAUGGCCCGUGAAGUCGAAAAGCUACGAGCAGAACUUGCUACUGUUGAUAGUAGGCCCUGGGGUUUUGGUGGAUCGUAUGGGAUGAAUUUCAACAAUAUGGAUGGCACUUUCCGUGGUUCUUAUGGUGAAAACGAUUGUUAUUUGGGAUCUUCGGAAAGGAGUCAAUAUUACAGCCAUGGGUCUGGCUCUCAGAAGAAACCUCGUUUGGAUCGUCAUUGAAAUCUAUAAAUGAUCUGUGGAAAA